AUGGAAUUCAUCUUCCCAAGUGAAUGGAAGUUUUUGGCUGGUGUAUUAAAAGUUGUUGUAUGGCAAUCAUAUCCUUUGGAAGCUCUUCGACUUGAAACUCAACUGAACGGACUUGUUCAAAUGGAUGCGCCACAUAGCGAAAUAAAACAACUUUGGAACAACAAACAGCCUAUGACAAAGUUGGAAUCUGUCGUAUUCGAAGGGUCUCACAAUUUGACCGAAACUCCAGACUUCUCACGUUCUCCAAAUUUAAAACAUUUACAUAUUGGUGGAUGCAAAUCUCUUGUCAAGGUUCAUGCCUCCCUUGGACAGUUGAGAAAGCUUGUUGAGGUGGACUUAAAUAAUUGUGCAAGCCUUGAAAUCCUACCCAAAAAAUGGGAAACCAAUUGUUUGGAGAAGUUAAGCCUUAGCGGGUGUAAAAAAGUUGCAAAGCUCCCAGAGUUUGGGAAAGGUAUGGAAAAACUAUCAUAUCUUGAUGUGUGUGCUACUUCUAUAACUAGACUUCCUGAAUCAGUUGGAUCCUUGACGGGUCUUGAAUAUCUAAAUUUGAGUGGCUGUAAAAUUAAAAAUCUUGACAAGUCGUUGAAGACUCACGUAAGUCACCAAAUUUCCGGCUUGAAUGUAAUGUCAUUAACGGAGUUAUACUUAAGCGGGUGUGGCUUAGAUGAUGGAUCGAUUCCUGAUUUUGACAGUUUAUCAUCGCUCAUUGUAUUGGAUCUAAGCAGUAAUGAUUUUGAGAAUCUACCCAUUGGUUGCUUCUCUGGUCUUUCUCGACUUGUCUUCCUUUCAUUGAAUUGCUGCGAAAGGCUCAAGUCAUUGCCAAGGCUCCCAUCACGAUUAAUUCGAUUACAUGCCUCCGGUUGUGAUUCAAUGGAACCAUUAUCAUCAGAUGGACAGUUAUGGAAUUUGGUUGCUUCACUUGACCACGAGUGUCGUUGGCGAACUGAAUGUGAAGUCGAUGAUGAUUGGGAUGAAGAUGGGCUGCAAGAAGUUCCUUCUGGAGCUGAACGGCUUCUCCUGCUAAGAGAUUUCUGUGCAAGUCUUCCAGGAUGCGAAAUACCAUCAUGGUUUCCACAUAUAGAAGAUUGCCAUUUGGAUGAGUGGGGUAGCAAACAUGAGAUUAAAGUGGACAUGCCUCCAUAUUUUCGUGACAGUGAAUGGUGCGGAAUUGUUGUGUGCUUCCGUAUGUCAGGUUACAGUGGUGGUUGGAGUGGUAAAGCUGCAGAACGUGAUGAUGAAGAGUGGGAGUGUGAUAUUCGUUUCCUCAUUUCUGAAAAGCAGUGCAUAAUAAUGGUGUUGGAAUUAAAUGAGGAAACAUGUUGGCGGCACCUAAGAGCUCAUCAUAGCAAUUCCCUUCGCAUUCUAUUUUCUGCUGACCAUUCGGGUCACGAUUGGGAAGUAAAGGAAUGUGGGUGGAGAGUGAUAUGUAAAGAAGAGAUACAAGAUUGGCGCAAUCUCAAUGGUUUCUUCAACCAAGCCACCCAACCCCAGCUUGCUUCUUCUGAUGAGGUCAAGCUUCCGCUGAGAGCACUUGUGGAAUUCUUUUUAGGGGAGCGGUGUUUGACUCGCUGA